UUCAAAAGUUCAUGCAUUUUGUGACUGAAAAAGGUGUGAAUUUUGUUAUUUAAAUGCGCCAUUAGACUGCCAUCCACAGUCAAUAAUUAUGUCAGCCUUUAAAAUUUAUAACGCAACAGAAGUGUGGCAGAGAGAAACUUGUUUACCUUCUAUACCGUCGUUCAGUUUGAGCUUGGAUAAUGUACUAGGCAAUGACGGGCUCCAGUUAGGGUCUAUUACAGAAUUAAUAGGAUUGCCAGGCUCAGGAAAAACACAAUUAUGUUUACAAUUCUGUGCUUCUGUUCAAAUACCGAAGGUCCUUGGAGGACUAAGCUCUGAAGCCUUAUACAUCGACACCAAUACGAAUUUCAGUAUUUACAGGUUUAAAGAAAUUCUCUUUGCAAGCCUCAGCAAAUGCCAGAGGCUACUGCACACAAGCAUAGCGGUGCAGGAAGAAGAUGCUUUGAAGAAAUUACAUUACAUGGAUGCAUUUGGUUUGGAGAAGUUCUGUGCAUGUAUUCACAAUUUACCUAAAUUUGUGCAGCAACAUCCUAAUAUAAAACUCAUAGUAAUAGAUUCCAUUACAUUCCCGUUCAAAGAGGGCAUAUCCACAAAACAAAGGACAGGGCUACUGUUCCGGCUGAUGGCAGAGCUACAUAAAACUGCAUUAGAAAACCAAAUUGCUGUGGUGUUAACGAACGAGAUGAGCACCCGUGUGGGUCUCUCCUCCGGCGCCAGCGUGGGUGCCCUGGGCGACGCGUGGGCCCACCGCUGCUCGCGCCGCGUGCUGCUCGCGGACCGCAGCGGGGAGCGCGCCGCCCUCAUGCUCAAGUCAAAUAACGCGCCUAACGUUGUUGGCACGUUCAAGAUAACCGAGGAAGGGAUAAGGGAUGUAGAAUAAAACCAAAUUGUGGAACAUAGUUUAAUUAUUAAUGUAAAUAUAUUGUAAACGAAACUACAGCAUCAAUAAAUAUCUCAUUUCACAAAAA